UUAAAGUAUUCAUGUUCAGUCUUCCUGAUUAAUAAUGUCCAAGAAAUUGUCUCUGAAACUUCCACCUCCUUUCAAGGAAGACUCCUAUUCUGGAUUUGUUGAUAUUUUUCUCCUAUUUAAGUGAAGCUGAGGAAAUGCGAUUUGAAAACGUCAAAAAAAGAAAAUUAAAAAAAAAAAAGAUGGAGAGUCAUGUGAAUGAGUAUUCUGAAGUGAAGGAGGCGCUCUUGUUGGAGGUAAAAAGGAGUGAACCGAUGAAAGAUAGUGGCAGUCUCAGGCGGCGGAGACGGCGGGAUCCACAUUCUGGCACGAGCGGGUCCGAGUUUACUGCUACGACCGGCAUCAGUGAGGCAAAAAAAAAAAACUUCAAACCGGCGUCAUGAGAGCAAAAGUGAUUUGAAAAGACAAUUGCUAGAAGCGAGGAUGGAAAUUUUAGGCCUUAAGGCAAAAAAAAAACCUUCAAACCGGCGUCAUGACAGCGAAAGUGAUGUGGAAAGACAAUUGCUAGAAGCCAUGAUGGAAAUUGUAGGCCUUAAGGCGAAAAAAAAAACUUCAAACCGGCGUCAUGAGAGCAAAAGUGAUUUGAAAAGACAAUUGCUAGAAGCAAGGAUGGAAAUUUUAGGCCUUAAGGUAUUAUAUUUCACUCACUCCAAUUAUUCAUUUUCAAAAUUCUUCUUUGCUUUUUUGUUUCUAUUAUUAUGAAUUUAGUAAAGAUAAAAUUUUGUUACUAUCAUUUUCUUAUAGUUUUGACGUUUGGACAUUAGUAGAAAUGUGUCCUGUUUAAGGAUCUCAAAUCUAAUUAAAAAUAAAAGUAUCUUUUUAUAUCAAUCUGAACUUUUUUGAUCUUAUAAUUCACAUUAACAUAAAAAA